GGCGCUUUGAACAAGGCUGGGCUUCCUAACUUGAGUUCUCAAUCACUCGCAUAUUUUUCCGGAUGCCUCAAAUACAAUUAUUUAUGAUCAUUUAAUGCUAGGUGUGCCAUCUGCAGGUAAGAACAAUGUUUAUGCUUCUAUUUUCUUUUAAGGUGACUUUCGAUCCUUUUUUGGUAGCCCUUAGAUUCUUGGCGGUGUUUAUAGUUUGGUUCAGACUUUCACGGUUUGUAAUGUUUCAUUCACAGUCUUAUUUGUCCCCAAUGAGACGUCACAUUUAAACGAUUUUAGGCAUGUUAUUUAAAUUCAGUGUUUGAAAAUCGAAGACUUAACAGGUAAAGAAUCCCUCUGUGUUGGUUUUAUUUUUUUUAUUAGUUACCUUGAAAGAAAUUAAUUUUGUCGUCUUAAUUUUUUACACCUGACGUUGAGGCUAAGGCGCGUGAAGAUUUUUUUGCUUUGACGCUCUUCACUUGUGAAGUUUGGCAUUAAUCGUCUCGAAACAAAGUAAAUGUAAAGCUCUUUUAAUACCAGCUUCUAUAUGAUCAGUAUCUAAUGAAGCGCUGUACAUUUUAUUUAUGUACAACUGUAGUAAGCUUAAUUAUUUACUUCUGUAAAUGAAAUGAACAGUGUGAAUUGUUGUAAACUAAACUAGAGGUUUAUAGCUGAACAAUCCACACUGCGUGAAAUCUCUUUUUCACCUGUUUUAAAGACUGAGCCUUUAAAUUAGACUGAGCCUUUAAAUUAACAUUGCUUUAAUAGAACUAACUUUGAUUUGCAAAAUAGUUAGUUUUUCUCUCAACGGUGUGCGUUUCAGCGGUUAAAAUUCCACUGCCGCUUUAUUUUUCUGUGUUGUCUACAUACGUCCUUUACUUCAGUAAACACGCGAUGACAGCGUGCUGCUGCCUAAUUUGGAUACACAUUAUUUGUCAAAAAUAACGAUCCUUUUUCAUAUUAUGUUGUGAUUCUAAUCUUUUUUUUGGUAAUUGGCCGUUGAAAAUUUCAGUUGCUUGUUACUUAAGUCACUUACACAUACAACUUUUAGCUCAGUACAUAAUUAGUGUAAUUUUGUCUUGAUGCCAAAAUAAGAUGGACAGUGCAAAGAAAUUGUAUUGAAAAAGCUGUCUCUCAUAUUAUUUUGCUGUAAAGUUUCAUAUUUCUCCACCUGGAGAGAGAGGUAAACAGACCAUAACAAGAAUCAAAGGCUCCUAGGAGCGAGCUCAUGGAUGAAUUGAAUUAGUGUAGAAAAGACAGUUCAAUAAUCAAAGAAAAACAUAUAAAUCUUUUUGGACGGUUCAUUGUGUAUGGACUUGCCAAAAUACAGGGGCACCCAACGUCAGUUUUCGGAAAAUAUCUGUUUGGAAGACGAUUUGAGAUCUAGAAUUUUCGGAACAUGCUGCUUCUCCUAAGAUUUUCGAACAUCUGAAUGGUGUAAUUGCCCAUUUUUAACGGAUUUUACCCUUAAAAGGGCACCUAGAGUUUUCGGGAGCCUUUUUUUCUGGCUGAAAUUUUCAAAAAGGUAAGUUUUGAUCCCUAUAAUUUUCGGAACACUAGACUUUCAGCUAGGAAAUCCGAACAGAUGAAAAAUUGUUAGGGGAUAAAAAUAUGCCUAUAUCUGCCGCUUAAAUACUAAAAUACGUUUUAACAAUUCUAAGUCCAUUUCUUGCGGAUGAUAUUAUUAGUAUUCUUUAGAAUAUUUCCAUUUAUACAAAACCCAUCUCUAUAACUGAUGUGUCGGGAAAAAAAAAUGAACCUUACUAGUACCCUCUAGAAUAUUUCAAACAUAUGCCUAAGGCACUUGGAACAAAAGUAAUACCAAGUAAGGGAGGGAAGAGUUAAGUGUUUAAGCUGACUUUAAUGAAUAAAUUAAUGAGAAUCGAGUGAGUGAGUGAGUGAGUGAUCGAGUGCCAUUCAAGUGCCUCCAAAAGCCCAUGGCAUGACUACGUCAUCCAUGAGCUAAAAAUGGGCCAUUGUGUAUCCAUCUAUGUACAAUGUGCUCUCAGCUUAAAUAAGAAUUUUCUCUGUCUCCUAUUAAUAAUUAGGCGUAGAAAAAAAGAAAAUUCUGAAGCAAGCAGGGUUGAAUUCUGAGAAUGGAUUUUACAAAUUUCCCAGCUACAUGUCACUGUGUUGGAUAGUGUUUUUAAAUAGUUUAUUCUGGGAUAAGGUAUGGGGUAUCAUUAAGGUAAAACUGAUACAUUGCAGCACAUUGCAAGACAAAUAUUCAUAAGGUACACUCCCAGAGUUAGUGUUGUUGCUGGUCUCGGUCAGUUCAGCUCAAGCGUUAAGGCUGUGCUCGUAGAAAAAUUGGAGGGAGUCCAAUGUAUUGAACCUGUGAAAUCCAGGGUGCCUACAUAUGAUUUCUAUACAAAAAAACUAGACGAUUUUUUAGUUUUCUAGUUACAAAAGUUAGACGCCAGGGGCCACAGGGCACUGCUAGAGCACAGCCUUGAGCACUAUCAGUCUUGUUUGCAUCAGGUCUAUGUGUCUAGUACAGCAUUUUCUGGUGUCCGGGUUUCCUUCCUUGUUCAGCCUUUUAGUGAUGCAUUUACCGCAAUGACCCCUUUUUUUCUACUGAUUAAUCAGUGUGAUGGGUGCUGUUUCUUUUGGCUUGGGGGCUCAUGGCUGGAAGGUGCAGUUUUACAAGCCAUGGGGGCAUAACUCUAUCCACAGGCUGGCUUUGUCAAAAGUGAAAGCCAUUGGACAUCCUGGGCACCCACCUUUACUUAACUGCGCAGACAAAAAAGAAAUGCACUUGAUGGCGUGGGUGAAGUGAACUUAAUGUUCUUCAGUCUGAACUCAGCUGCCUCUUCUUUGGCAAUGUCCUUACGCCAGUGUCCAAUCCUUCAAAUUAUUACAGUGCUGAGAAUGUUCAUUGGGUGAUUCAAUAACUAUUGUUUUUUUUAUUUUCCCUGUCAGGUUGCUCCUGUUAACAUAAAGCGUUAUUGUGGUAUGAGCAGUGUACCACUAGGCUACUACCAUGAUGCACGUACAAAAAAUGAUCAUUCUUAUCCUUUUGUCUUUGUUCUGUCCAAGUUAUGGCUAUUAUCCAGAGUUACAAUUGAGUGAAGAACUCUAUAACAUCGACAUUGACAAUGAAACAAACAUCAUUUUCAUUGGAGGCAAAAAUCUGCUGUUGAAAGCUUCAUCAACCUUAAAUGAACUGAAGAGAAUCACCACUGGUCCUUUACUGGAUUAUAAAGAAUGUCUCGAAUCACAACCAGUUUGUCCUCAGGAAAAUACUGACAACAGAAAUAAAAUUCUACUGAUAGACACUGGAAAUAAAAAGCUCAUCACUUGUGGGAGUCUUACACAUGGAGUUUGUCAAGGAAGAAAUCUAGAAACACUGUCAGUGGAAAUUUCAAACAAAUAUGAAUAUGUGGUGUCAAAUUCUGAGCUACCUUCAGUUGCCGUUAUUGGUCCAAGAUGGGAUGGGAAACGUGCUUUGUAUGUUGCAACGUCAUGGGAUGGAAAAAGAUAUGGAUCAAAAAUUUUAAAUGUUUUAAUUAAUCUAAAACCUUCUGUAUCAACUCGGAACAUUGAUGGCUCCAAUAUUUUUGCAGUUUCUGCUAAUUCACCUUUUGAUGGAAGUUCCUUUCUACAAUUUAAGAACUUAAAUUAUUUAGUGAAUUAUGUUUAUGGAUUUACAUUGGGUGACUUUACCUACUUUGUUUCUGUACAAGAGACAAGGGAGUCUUACAACCGAGACAAGAACCCAAAAGUUUUCAGUACUUUCAUAACUCGUAUAUGCCAGCAAGACAAGAAUUACAUUUCAUAUUUAGAGUUACCACUGGAGUGCAAAGGAACUAAUGGAACAAAUUUUAAUAUAGGAACAUCCGCCUACCUAACAAAACCUGGAAACUUUUUUGCUAAGUCUUCUGGAAUUCAAGCUUCAGAUGAAGUGUUAGUCGUAACAUUUGUCCAGACUAAUGGAGGCUGGGAUGAUCUUGCUUCAAAGUCAGGUGUUUGUUUUUAUCCAGUCAAAGAGAUAAACGAAAAGCUGGCUGCUGACCAGAAGAAAUGUGCAGAUGGCUCGUAUUCAACACAGAAAUAUGGAUUACCCUGGCUUGGUGAUGAUAAGAAGUGUGCUUCGAAGGUAAUAUUUAAUACACUCAUCAACCAUGAGUUUUUUUCUUCUGAGACAAAGAAAGUCUGGUUUAACUUGUGUAAUUUACUUGCAAGUGCGUGUAGCUCAAUCAUGUAACACAAUCAUGAAUAAUCAUUUUGUCUUUUAUUGUUGACAGGGUUCAAGUUCUCCAACAAUCCUUCCUAACUUCUGUCCUGUUUCAAUCUUAGCAUUCGAAUAUGUUAAAUAUCGUUCAAUUAAACUAUCUGCAGCAAAAAAUGCCAUAGUAGAAUAUGAUCAGGAAAUACUAUCGACUGCUGCUGUAGCUGCUAUGCCUUACUUCAAUCACACAGUGUUGUUUAUUGGUACAAGUCAAGGCCAGCUGCUCAAGGUACAUGUAUAUUAAUUUAGUUUGCUGAUUAUAAGUCCUCCAAGUAGGUUUCCAUCAUGUCUUGCAACUGCUGUUUGUUUGCUGAGACAAAGUAUGUAGCUCUGUAUGCUUCGAUCAAAUCUAGUUUCUCUUUACUUGAACAUGCAACCUGAGGAUCUGUUUUGUGGUCCAUAUUAAUCUGUAUUUGAAUCUUCUUUUUCUUGCAAAAUACAAGCACGCAAGAUACCCCCUUCUAUCCAAUCACAGAGAAGUUAUGGUGAAAAUUUCAUUACUGUACACAUGCAGGAAUACAGAUUUGAAUUUGCUACCGGUUACGGCAAGGAUUAAUGGAUCAUUUUUCUAAUAACUGAUUCAUCAAUUCUGUAAUGAUGGGGGUAUGCUUGACCUGGUGUGACUGUUACUAACACCUAUAUAAAUAAAUGUCUCCAUUUUUGACUCCAGGGCUCAUUUGUGACUAUUACUGCAAAUCCAAGGAGAGUUACAUUGAUAACAGAUGCUCUUUUUGUAGUCAACCUGGGAUUAUUGUUGCCUGCAAUAGUUGGAAGCCUUGAAUAACUCAGCCCAGGAGGAAAAAUCUGAAUUUCUUGCAAAAUACCGUAAAAUUCCAAAAAUAAGCCCCGGGGCAUACAUUUUUCAAAGGCCCUUUUUGAGGGGCUUAUUUUUGGAGGGGCCUAUAUUCGGAGGGGCUUAUCUAUGGACGGAAAUUUGCGUUUCAAAAUCGAUUAGGCUAGCCUUAUAGUUGGAAGUAAAUUUACCGUUUUUGCUUUUUUUUACUUUGAAAUUUAGGGCAAUUUUCCAGGUACAAGCCCCUGGGGGGCUUAUAUUGGAGGGGCGAUUUAACGGAGGGUUUUUUGUGUUACUGGUUUGGGGGGGCUUUUAUUUGGAGGGGCUUAUACAUGGAGGGGCUUAUUUUCGGAAUUUUACGGUACCCUCAAUAUUUUAAAUCAAUAAUUUUUAUACAGCAUUGUGUGUUUUAGGUAUCAGUAGGAGAUGGCAAAAACAAGGUGAAACCAUACACUGUUUUGAACAUAAGCUCUGAUGAAGUUCGGCAGAUGAAGUUCACAAGUGAUAAAAAGUACUUGGUUGUUCUGAGCAAACACAAGGUAUGUUCAAAAUACUUUCCUUUGUAAGAGGCUGAUACUGCUAAUCCAUAAUCUAUUAAUAAUUGUUAAUAUUAAUAUUUUUUAUAAUGGCUGGUAUAACAAUUAUUGAAUGAGAUCUUUAAGACCUCCAAUUCUUCUCAUCAUAUCAAAACCAAAUCCUAUAAUUAUUUCGUUAAUCAUUCAAAAUUUAUUCCUUGUUGAAAAGCAAGCUAAAACAUGGCUGCCUCAAUCAAUGUUAAUUUUCCCGUCUUCAAUUGCCUGUUUCUUGGUAAGUUCAGGAGAUUAAGGGAUGUUUGGUUCUGCAGUUAUUCUCCAAAUAGCAGUUGUUGUCCAUCAAGUUGUAUUCUUGCUGCUCUUGCUAUAUUUUUAGGCAUUAGUUCACCUAUUUUUUCUUCACAAAAUGCAUGAAAUGUUCUGUCAUUAAAUUGUACUACUCUACCAAAAAAAUGCAUCUCAUCUCAGAUUUCAGUCCAAUUUUCUGGCAGUCAUGCUGUAGUAUUGAAGUUAUUAUCCAUACAUCACAAACUGCUUCCAAAUUUGGUCAAUUCUAGCUAGUAAUGUGUAAGAAUAAACUGCAGGAUUUGAUCCAAUUAGAAAUGUAGAAAUAUUUUGAAUAAAUAAUAAUAAAUUAUUAUAAUGGAUGGUUUUUAAUGCCACUUUUUUUUGCCAUAAGGUGACAAAGAUACCAGUUGAAGAAUGCAGUUCCUUUUCAUCCUGUGGAGACUGUGUCAGACCUGGUGAUCCAUUCUGUGGUUGGUGUACUUUAUUUAAGAGGUAAAGCAUAAUAUGUCUUCGAAUUUUUGUAACAGUAACACUCUUGUAUUAAAGCGUUAUAUGCACUGUUAAACCUCACAUUUGAUACAAGAGCUUUGUUCCUUGAAGGACAAAAUGCAAAGUAGAAACCCAAAGAACCGCUAAAUGAGAUAUUGGAGUUCAAUUUUAUUAUGACAAUUCUGAGUGUGGGAAGUUAGUAAAGAACAUUCAGUUUAUAGUGAUGACUUGUGAAGUUUUUAUUGUUUAUUUCAAUUUUCUGUUCAAAUUGUAUUGAUGUAUGGUGAGCGACCUUUCAGAUAUUUUGGUCCCAGCUUUAUUUUUUAUCAUAAAACUGUGCAUGUGAGGUUGAGCUACAUUCACCAAGAUGCCUACUUUCAAAAAAUCACUCAAAGGAGCACUGUUGCUAUACACUGUAUAUGAAAAUGCAGCCAGUUCUAGAGAACCAGUCAGUCAAACAACAUUAACUAAGCAAUGUAAGCUUUUCAAAACAAGCACAAGUGGCCACAGAUGAGUGGUCCUAAAUGGAUGUGGUGCAUUGUUGUAUUUAACAAGACUUACAAUCACCUACCCUUCUAACAGCUGGCUUGUUGGUGGCCAAAUGUGCCUUUUUACUUGUCUAUGAGAUUCUUCUUAUGUGCACCAAUGGUAUUCCUCAUUAAUUUGUUCUUUGUGGCAUAAUAUUUCAGCUGCACCCAAAAGGAAGAAUGCUCUAAAGCUGAUGAUCAUCCAUUACGGUUUGUGACAAGUUUGUCUAAAUGUCUGCAGAUUGCAUCAAUUAAGCCUGACAAGAUCCCUCUUGGAGCAAAUGUUAAUGUAAGUUCAGGCCGUGAUCUUACCGAGAUUCAGACAAUUCUUUUAGCUGUAACAAUUUAAGAUGGCUGUGAUGAUACGAUUACUACAGUCUUUCUUGCCUUUUUCUUACAAUUUCUCAAAGAAACAUAUGGCAUUUAUUUAGAGUUUGUUUGCAAAUAAAAACGAAGUAUGUAACCAGGGUAUGUAACUGAACUUUCUUUUUUUCUUAUAUUAGAAAAUGAUAGCAAUAGUAUAGGAGGUCCAUUGCAAACGUUAGUUUGAAGGGGGCAGCUAUAUCAAAGAUACAAAGUCAUGUCAAUUUUUAGCUCCCUGGCUGUUUCAAUAAUAAAUUACGGACCCAAACUUUUAUUUGUGACAGGUCUAAUAGAACUGUGACAACUAUUCUGAUGCUGUGUUUUUUCAUGUUGUUUAAAAGAUGUGCAUUGUUUGGAGAUUGCCAACUGCCAAAUAGCUGAACUGUUUUUGUCAUGUUAGGCGUCGGAAAGGUAGCUCACUUGUGGACCAUGAAGAAGAAAGUUUUCUACUCAUAACGUUUUGCUGUCACCAUUAACAUUUAGUUUCAAAAAUAUGUAACAAAAUUUCUUAUUUUCCAGCAGUUUUACUUGACUGGCGUUUGUUAUUGUCCUUUUUAUAGAUAACACUGAAUGUAACUAAUCUGCCCUGGCAAGAGAAUGACAGCUAUAAGUGUUAUAUACAUGGAAAGGAAAGACCAACUCAUAAAUUACGUGAUGGUCGACUGGCCUGUGAGACUCCACCAAGCGAUCAGCUGCCUACGAUCACAAGUGAAACAGGUCAGUGUACUUAUCAGUAAGCUGCAGCCUCUUCUACCUCUCAAGGGAUGAGGGUUAAUAAUUAUUAGUGGCUCUAGAUCCCCUUCUCCCUAAUCAAAGGGACUGUUAAGACAGUGGGACAUUUUCAGUUGUUUAUAGCCUCUGUAAUAUUGAAAUUGUAGUAAAUAUUAGCACUCAUUCUCAUGUCCAGCGAUGAGGAAGUGUAAAUAUUAUUACUUAACAGUGCAAUGCAGUAUCCCUUUUAAAAGCUCCUAUAUUUAUCCCAUCCUGAUUUGUCAGGUUUAAAUAUUUUACUGGCAUGGUGCACAUGUUGCAGUUAAUUUUAUUAUAUCAAUUAAAAUUUGUAUUCAUCAGCAUACAUUAUCAUACCCCAAAACAAUGGAAAAAUAAUAAUUAAGUGAGAUGAAAAAUUAACUACAACACACUCUGUUGAUUUCCAGUCUUCCAUCCAUCACCCCAUUUUAAUGAUUAAGUUACAUUAUUAUUAUUAGGCAAAGAAAUAGCAGUUUUUGUCCUCUUAUGCGAAUGUAAGUGGCUGACUCAUUAGGUGAAUGAUCUUGAAUUGUUUUUCAGGUGAUGUUUAUGUCGAUCUUGGUCUUUAUUCUACUGAGUCAAAGAAGGUUUUUGUGAGCAAAAAAGUAGGAUUUUAUAGUUGUUCUGCAAUCAAAGGGUGAGUUUGAAAUAAUACCAGAGUACAUUCCAGUUUUGAUUUCUUCCCUCUUUCUUUCUUUAACCUACAUCGUCAUUGUAGUCUCAUGAUGAUGUUUUACUUAUGUGAGGUGCAGAUGUCAGCUUCUGUUGUAUAAAAUGAGGGUGGAGCAAUGGGGUUCUACUGACCAGCAGCAAUGAAGACUGGACAUCAGUUUAAGGGUGGAGUGAAUGAAUGAAUGAAUGAAUGAAUGAAUGAAUAUAUGAAUAUCCUUUAUUUAAAAAUGCUGCUUUUUCCAAUGAGUUUUUUUCUCUGGCGGGUAGAAUAUGCUCUGGAGGGUUUAGUUUUAACUGAGAAAAUGUGACUUUUGCCACUUGUUUCAUACUGAGUGGUUGUGACAGGCAUAUUGAUUUUCUUCGGUUAUUUUUUCUGGUUCGCGUGAUUUGCCCUCUGAUGCAAGAACAUUCAUUGUGGCUAAAAAAGCUCAUCAGUCAAGCACCAGAAGAUGCCAUGUUUAAGAUCAUGCCAUGCAGCCAAAAAAGCAAUGUAAAUCAAACCUGUCAACAGUCAGUGUUCUCGCCAAAAGGAGCUUGCUUCAGGGUCUGAUGCACAGCUGGUUCCAUGGAACGACGGUCCCAAAUGUUUGUCUACAGGCUCUCACCCUUUUCCUUCCCUGUCCUUGCAAUUUUUUCAUCCUAGCUUUCCCCAAACAGAGAGCCUGUUUACAAGCUACUGUCCACCUCACCUUUAUAGCCACAACAGCCCUGCAUGUUCAAAUUGUCACUAAAGAUGUGCUAUGUCAUUUUGCUUUUAGGUGUCAAAACUGUGCAGAAGCAGGUUACAGAUGUAAUUGGUGUACUUAUCGUGGGAUAUGUACUAAUGAUGUAAAUACUGAAUGUCCAGGAGAGUUUAUCCCACCCAUACAGGUCUGUGGCAAGAUGUUUUGUGCAGUUGAAGCUCUAUUAAGUGGUUUACCCCAAGAGAAAGGAGCAGUGGCUGGUCAGGGUGCAAAGAAAAUCAGUUUUACAACCUGCCAUUUGGGCAAGUUGUAGCUUAUAGCAUGUACUAGCCUACAAGUCAUUUCAACUAGCCCCAAAACCUUUUUUGAUUAGCAGGAUUGAUUACAAUCCUUCUGUAAUUUGAAUUUCCCCAAAAAAACAGCACUUGCCCAUCAGGCAAGUUGAGAACAAAAAUCACCAGCCUGAUAGUAAAAUCCACCAGCCCUGGGCCAUCAGACACAACUUUCUUUGCACACUGCUGGUUAAUUAAGGUUGGCCUCUUAAUAGAGGUUCUGUUUACAAGGAUUUAGUGUUAAUUUUUGCUCACUAGGAAUAAUAACUUAUAAUAUAUGGUACAUGAACUAAUUAUUCAUUAUUGUUUAAUUAUUAAACCUAAUAUAUUUUGCAGUCAGUGUUGAGAUCAAUGUUUGUCAGCAUCGUAGAGCAAUAAUAAUUAUAAUGCAUUUAUACAGGACAGUCAAAAUUUUUUCCAGUAAAUUGCCUAUCCCUUUAAAAAUUACAAAUUUUAUAAAUUUUUUCUUGAAAUUUCUGCAAGAAAGAGAGUUGAUUUUAUGCAGUUGCAUUUAGUAUAAUUUACAAGUGAUUAUUAGUGAUUUUUAUAUUGACAGGAUCGCACUGCUGGCUCUAAGGGCUGUCCGAGAUUAAAGAGCCAUACAACAUUACAUAUCCCAGUUGGAAUAAACACAAACAUCACACUUCCUGCAUAUGAUCUUCCUGCCACAAAGGUAUUUUUUUUAGUGUCAAGAAAAAGUUGUGUGGUUCUUUUGACCAAAUGCCUUUGAUGUUUUUUAACUUCCAUGUCAACUGAAUUUGUUGUAAGAUUCCCUUUGGUCUUUUGAGUAGUUCUUCAUUGGUUUGUAAGUGGCUUCACCUCUAAUAAAUUCAAACUUUUGUUCUUGUUAUCAGUUGGGAUGUUAAGAUGUCCUCGUUGAUAUUUGGAUAAUAAGUGCAUUGUUUAUGUAGAAAAUUUUCAUUGAGCUCUGCCAGCAAUAUGUGACUGAUAUAAUUAUAAUCUGCUGUUUUUAAUUUUAUUAGUCUGGUGCUUCUUACAAGUGCACUGUAGAAGUUGAUGGAAAGAAACAACCAGCAGGCGCAGUUCGAGUCAGUGACACACAGUUAGUGUGUUCCCCCACUAAGGUAUACUUGUCAAAAAGUGUGUUAAUUUGUUAGCAAUAUUAGAUUUUGAUUCCACCUCCCCUCUUGUGUUGAAAGCAUUUACCACAUUACUUAGAGGUGAGCAAAGAUAUAGUAGCUGACUCACUCUACAGUAAUAAAGUUACAAAGGAUGUGUAAUGUUAGCAACUUACCCUGUCAACUUGUCUAAUUCUUUGUCAUCCAGUAUUCAUACAACGCAGAUAUGAAGAAACAAACUGUGAAGCUUACUGUUACAUUCAGGAAUUCGGAUCAGCUUUUUGUACCCAGUACCUUUCAAGGUUUGUUGUUUGAGUAGUCGUCUUCAGAGUCAAAGUGACUCAGGUAGUAUAGAAGCACAUACUAAAGUUAAUGCAACGACCAAGACUAAAGCCUGGUUUUCAUGUACCCCAUUAAGUUACCUGUGUUAUGGCCACAUGCAUUGUCUGUUACUACCAGCUAGAAUAGUGACACUCCACAUCAGGAGUAAUCAUGGUGCUUGUAGGAUUCCAGAAACUUUCUAACGUGAUAAUUGCAUGGACAAAUUAUUGAUAUUAUUAAUCAACCCUCGGCUUUUCCCAAGACAAAAAAGCAUUCUUUUGACCAAAAAUUCUUAUGUACUCAUUUUUCUGUUGUUUAUCACAUUAUAUCUUAGAAUUUUUUGUUUUGAAAUAAUUUUGCCUGCUGGAAAACCACAGGACAGCCAUUUGAAAGGUCAUUUUUUUUAAAAACUUUUCAGCCAAAGAACAUCUCUUGAUAUAUAUUUUGAUAUGAUCUAUCCUGGCUGCCGCUGUGCAAUUUUUUAAUCAUUGUUUUAUCUUUGAGUAUUUGCAGUCAUGUUGAUUAUUUUUUAUUACAGUGUAUUUGUACAAGUGCUGGGUGUCUCGAACAGACUGUAGUACCUGCCAUUAUGACUCAGCUGCUGAACCGUAUCUAAAGUGUGGUUGGUGUAAAGCAGUCACCAACAAGUGUGUUGUUCAAGAGGCUUGUAUUGAAGGAGGCAGGUGGUUUCCUUUUACAUCAAAUUGUGACACUAAACCCAACAUUACAAAGGUAUUUGACUGUGAAUGCCAGAAAUUUAUUAUUAUUUAUGACUAAAAAAAUAAAAAAUAAAUUUGUAGCCAUUGUUAGAUUCUAAGGAAACAAAGUGGUAUUUUAAUCACUGCCAUAAUGGGAAAAGUGCAAUGUCCUUAUUAAUAUGAACAACCAGUCAAUAUUGUGGAAAUACCUUUUGAAUACUUUUAAGUCCUGUGACUGUGUAUUAUUGUAUGAACUAAUUUUAUUUAGCAAGGAAACAAAACAAACAUUAUGUUGUGAAAAGCUUUGCUGUUCAUGUCACUUAUUUUCCACUAUGACCGUUUUGAUUAAGCUCUUACUACAACUUACCAAAGGGAUGUGCGUUGUGGUGUAUAGUGGUUAAGCAUUGGGAUAGACAGGCCUCCCUUGUGUUCAUGUUUUCGCUCCCUCCCUGGUGUCCCCUUGUGCUGGUUUUUGGCUGCCUCACUGGUGCCCCCUUGUACUCAUUUUUUGGCUCUCUCCCAGGUGCCCCCUUGUGUUCAUGUUUUGGCUGCCUCCCUGGUGCUACACAUUCUAUUAUUUACCUCCUUUGCACAUUUGAAAUAAAGUUGUCUGAUUGUACAGUCGAACUGGAACAUUGGGGACUGUUAUAAGUCCAGUGAAAAGCAUAAUAAUUUAUGAUGUUGAUAUUUAAAACUUACGUCAUGUUUACCUUGGGGUAGCCAUGCUGGUUGGACCUAUGAUCUAAUGUGCAGUAACAAUAUUUUAGGUUUGGCCUCUGGCUGGUCCUUUACGUGGUGGAACAGAAGUUGAAAUUCACGGUUCUGAUCUUGGAAAAUCAUUUCGUGAUAUUGCCAAUACUGUUUCAGUAGCAGGUUAUCCAUGUUUUGUUAAUCCCAAAAAAUAUCUGCCAUCUAGAAGGUUAGUUAAUACUGCUGAUCAUUAGUACUGUUAUGCCUCUUUAAACUGAAAACUUGUCUCAAAGCUGUUUUAUUUGCAAUGUACCUCUUCUAACCUUCAACCUCAUAGAAAAACUGCAAAUGUUUUAUUGUCUAUGGAAAUACAUCGCAUUUUGUUCAUGUUAUUAAGGGCUCCCACAGCUUCUAUGAACUUGUCCCCUGACUAUUUUCGUAGGAAACAAAAUUAUGGUACUAAUUGAAGUUUCUAGCUGUACAAUUCCAGGCCUUACAAUUGCAUAUACCUGGCCACCUAAAAUCUUAGCAACUGGCCUGUGUUGUGCUCAUGUUGCUCAUCAUAAAAUUUUUAUCAAUGAUCUAUCAUUGAAUUAUAAAAGACAGUGCUGUUGACUAACAAACAUCCUUGUUUACAUCACUUGACAUCAGUUAUCAGUUUCUUUAAAGGACAGUUUUGGUGUCUGUGUGUUUGGCAGGAUCUUUUGUAAUACAUCAGCUAGCACAAGCGGCCCUGUGAGUGGACCAGUAGAAGUCACAGUUAAUAAGCUCUCGGGACAGUCAGCACAACAGUUUUAUUACCAGGUCAGUUUAUUUACUACACGGUGAGUAAAACAUAACAUGACAUAUCAUUUAUAAAUAUAGGUAAAUGAAUAUAGUUAUGAAUUAAUAAAUAUAGGUAUGAAGCAAAGACUUGCUUGGAGCUGUGAAAGACACAACUUUUAAACUUUGAUUUAACCUGAGUCCUGCUUGACCUAACUGACUACUUCUGUGUCUGCUCAAAACAUAUUUGAUUGGAUCUGUCACAUUACUUAGUGCUUUCCUUUAAAAAUCUUGGGUUUUUUGUUUCCUGUCUUUAUCAGAUGACAAUGUUUUUAAAAAAGGAAAAUUUUCACUCAUUUUCAGGACCCUGAUCCACGGGAGUUCAAUCCAAAGAAAGGUCCAAGAUCUGGAGGAACAAAUGUCAACAUAACAGGAAACAAUAUGAAUACAGGAAGAUACAUCACCGUUCAAGUUGCUGGGCGACAAUGUUUGGUGGACAGGAACAAGUUAGUGUCUAUGUUUAUUGUUGUACUAUUUGUUGUGUGUAAAAAGCCUACUGCCAUUUUUUCAUGUUUUCACUAUUACCAUUUACCUUUGGCUCGGAUUUUUCUCAGGGUCACAAAUACGAAUGUUCCAUGUAUCAUCAGUCCUGCUUUAAACAGAAGAAGAAGAUCUUUAAAUAACAGCACAAAGGUGAUUAUCACUUUUGAUGGCUUUAGCCCUGCUGGACCCAGUGGAAGUUUUAUAUUUACAGCAGAUCCUACAAUCACUGCUAUCAAGCCGGACAAACUAUACUAUGGGUGAGUUACAUUGUGAAACAUUUAGUACUCAGUUUAACGAUAAUUAUGGGACUUUGAGUCAAUAUCAUAUAGCAAAAAGGUGCAUAAAGAGGUAAUGAUAAUGUUCAAGUAGCUACGAUUGCAACACUUUAUUUGAAAUGGGGAGAAGAGAGAGAAAGUUUGAAAUAAUGAUCAUGGCUUAAUUAUCAUCCAGGGUUUGAGAUUUUUUGAACUUGUAUGCUCAAGGAAUUUUUUCAGCUUCAACUUUUUGAAAGGGAACCAAUAACAAGCCUGGGAAGGAAUAACCAUUGCAUGAAAGUUUGUUGUCAUAAUUUUGUGAUUUGUGCUGGGUAUGGGUGUGAACUAGUGGUGUUAGUCACAGAACAAAACAAAAUGUUAAAGUCAAACUGACAGUUGUUUAAUUACUGGUAACCUAUGUAACUUACAGAAACUAUCCCUUCUCCUUUGACUUUAUGUCCAACUCCUUUGCUGAAAAAUUUUGCUUUUUAGUGGGGGCCUUGAGUUAAGCGUGACUGGAACCGAUUUGGAUUCUAUACAAAACCCCAAGAUAUUCUUCAAAUAUACUUUGAAAAAUGGCACAGUUGUUGAUACUGACAUCCAGGUAAGGUCCUGAUCUGUCUUAUAUUAUCCCAUGUUGCUUUCUUUUUUCAGUCUUUAUUAUUAAUUUUGUUUCCUUUUAUAAAGAUUUUGGUCAUUUCGCUAUUUUUUUGAAAUUCAUUUUCGAUGAGACUGUUUAAACAUUAUCGUGGAAUUUAUUUUCAGAAGAAAUGCUAUUAGUUUCGCGGUAGAUAUGAAGCAAAUUAAUUUGAUACAUACCAUAAAACUCUGAAAAUAAGCCCCUCCAUGUAUAAGCCCCCCAAACUGGUGACUGAAAAACCCUCUAAAUAUAAGCCCCCCGGGGGCUUGUACUUGGAAAAUUGCCCUCAAAUACAAAGUAAAACAAAGCAGAGCUAUAAGGCUAGUCCAAUCGAUUUGUAAACGCAAAUUUCCCUCCAUAGAGAAGCUCCUCCGAAUAUAAGCCCCUCCAAAAAUAACCCCCUCAAAAAGGGCCUUUGAAAAAUAUAGACCGCGGGGCUUAUUUUCAGAAUUUUACGGUAUGUUAUUACUGUGUGAUGCUUUUAAACUGCUUAUUUGCACGCUCCUGACUGGACUUGAGGGAGUGGCAAAAAUCAAACCCUCCUUUUUUCCAUUUUAUACAAACAGCAGCUAUAUACCAGGUCUAACUGAUCUUUGCUGUUUCCUCUCUAUCAUUCACUGAGAGUCUUGAGUGAAUCUUUCUUGCUUCCAGCAUUUCCAUUUCAUAGUCCUUCUCUGACCUCCUUUUCUCACACUCUACUUGUAGCCAUGCCAAGCCGACCGCUGCAGCCGGCCUGACCUUUACUCCAAAUUCAUAAAAAAAUUUUAUGAAUUUGGAGUAAUGUACACAUAACAUACCCCUUAGAAACUAGGUGGGACAGUAACAAAAUUACUAAGCUGCACAUAACAUUUAAACAGUUUACAAAACUGGAAUCUUAGGGUGGGUGGGUGGGAAGGUCAGUAAUGGCAGACGCAACAAAAGCAAUUGCCUGCCUUUCGGUCACAUGACCUAUGCCCGGGCCCCCAGUGGUUUGUGAGAAAAACAAUUUCCACUUAUUUUGUUACCCUUAUCCAGUGGAAAGUUACCCUUCUACACCUAAGUGGAAUGUUUUUGAAUGUCUUUAUCAGUCAACAUUUGCUUUAUAAGAAGUAUAUUCUUGAAAAUGCUGUUUCAGGACUGUAAAAAACCAGAGAGCAGUUCAUCAAUGAUAUGUCACUCUCCAGAAGUGCCAGAUCUUACAGGAAAUGUUUCGCAAGUAGUGGCUGCAUUCAUCUUGGAUGCUGUAAAAAUACAGUCAAACUUAACAACUGUCACAAUGAUUCCAGAUCCUAAGUUCAUACCUUUUGAGGAUGUAUAUGAAUUGAAGGAAGGCAACCUUAUACUGGAGGUAUUAAGUCAGAUUUUAUUGCUUGGUUAAAUCCUGUUUUCAAAUCCACAUGUAUAUAAAAAAAAUUGGUUUUAUUCAAAUGCAUGAAAAGAAUGUCCUGCCAAAGACAGCUUUUACGAAUCACUUUUCUUUCUUUUAAGUAAAUAUGUCUCUAAUUUGACUGGACAACAUAUAAUAGUGAUGGGUGAUGCCCAGAGACUGAUGCAUACCGUGUGGUAAACAAAACUUUGUGCCUGGUAGAUGCAGGAUUUGCAGGAAGAAUGAUUGCUGCUGUAUAUUCUUCCAGUAAUGUUAAUUUGUUGGUACAAGAAUUCACAUGUGCUAAAGGUGGAUUUUAAUGGUCUUUGAUAUUAAUUUUGUCCAGACAUCUUUUCCAAUCACAGUCAAGACAUGGGUCAAUUUUAGUUGAACAAUGUCCAGCAACCAGCUAUUAUUUCCAGCUCGGAAAGAGGUGUCAUUUGAAAUGUGACCCCUUAGAACUUUAUUGCUUGUCCUCAUUAUGGGUUGUGGAAGGUUUUUGGCCUCUGGGAGAUGGCUAAUUUUCUUCAGACCCAACUUUUUAAACAAGUCUUUCAAAUCACAUGCAUACAAUGCUGGGAUUAAAUUAGAAAUCCAAUGUCGCUUUUCUCCUCAUUGUUCUCAAAUUGACUGUAAAAUAUGUUUUAUCCUCAGGCCAAAAAUUUAGAAAAUGCAUUGAAAUCACAGAUAGUUGUUACCGUUGGAAAACAGUCAUGCAAGAUAACCAGUGUUGAUAAGGUACGAUUGUAAAUCUCAUUAACUGCAUGAACACGGCUGAGCUUCUAAAUUGAGAACUGCUUUAUCAAGACGAGCAGUUUCUUCCAUUUAAUUGUUUGGUGAUUGUUUUUUAGGAGCAGUUGGUUUGUUUGGCACCGACUGAAGAAAGUCACAGUUCAAACCCUCCUGAUGGACUCUAUGCUGUUAAGGUUUGAUAGUUUUCUUUUCAAGCGAAUUCCUAAAUAAUUAAAAAACUGCAUGCCACUCUUGUUAGUAAUAAAUAAUUUCAACAAAGCAAGGAAUACAUACAAUUGUGCCUCAGUCUGUUUGAGUUCAACUACUCAUGCACUUGGAUGCGAAUGAUCAGAGGAGCCCCAAUUCCUGUGGUUAUUCAGUACUAACACGUAUGAAAAAUAAACGUUUCUCUUUUUACAGGUUGAAAUUGGUCGUAACUUGCGCUUUCCUGUUGGCAAGCUGCAGUAUUUUAAACCCGUGUCCAAAGAUAUACCACUUUACGUUUGGAUUGGCGUGGGAGGUGGUGCUCUCUUUCUUAUCAUUUUAGUCAUCAUUAUUCUUUGCUGGUGUCGGCGCAGUCGUCGAAAACAGAAGAAAGACUUUAAGAGUCUUGAAGUUCAGAUGAACAACCUAGAGUCCAAGGUCGCUCGUGAAUGCCGAGAAGGUAUUUUGAUUGGUGAUGAAUUUUUGCGCCACUUUCUUAAUCAUUCACGGACAAGGCCCAAUUGUAACCAUGUUGUAACUUUCUCUUUCUUAAUGUCUGUAAUAAAGCCAACCUUGUUUUAGAUAUUCACUUCAUAGAAUCGGCUUAGCAUAAUAAGGUACUUACUACAAGACUAAUUAGUGGCCAAAUCAUUUAAAUCAAGUCCUGGUUAUUUUUUAGCUUUUGCUGAACUGCAGACCGAUGUAACAGAUUUGACCAGCGACCUGUCAAUUUCUGGAAUGCCAUUCUUAGAUUUCCAGACGUACGCUUUGCAUGUGCUGUUUCCAGGUUUGGACGAUCACCCUGUUUUACACAAGAGCAAGGUAAUAACUGAUGCAGAACUGGGAAAUUCAGAAAAUUAGCUGGAUUGUGACUAAUUAUUGGGCUUAUUUUUCUUUUGUUAGCUGAUGCUCACAGAGAACUGGGAGACUGGUCUACGGCAGUUUUCGCAAUUGCUCCACAAUAAGAAGUUCCUUUUGGUCUUUAUUCGCACCUUGGAAGCACAAAAUACAUUUCAAAUGAAAGACAGGUUGGUUAUAAAGUUAAUCGGCAUCAAGGGAACUCAGAGACCUUAUGAUGCCAUUUUACCUCUAUUAGAAUAACGUUUGUUCGGCCUAUAAUAAAAGUUACUGUUCGAAGGAAAAACAGAAAUAGUUAGAAUGUAUAUUUUCAGUGAAAUCGUGAUCUGAUAUUCUUCCUUAACGGGGAGGUUUAAGGCUCUCACUGUGUAUGGCUUUCUCGUAAGGCGCAGAGGAAUUUACUCAUCUUAUGAGAAUGUUUCUUGUUACAGGUGCAAUGUUGCGUCUCUUUUGAUGGUUGCUUUUCAAGCCAAAAUGGAAUAUGCUACAGAGUAAGUAAUUCUCCCUCAGAGUAAAUAGUUCCUUGUACUUGAUAAGAAUCGUAGGAACAGUUAAUAGAUUUAUGGAAAACAGAUUAUGUUGCUAUAAUGUUAACUGAAGUGUAUUCUUUGUUUUUCAGAAUAUUAAAGGACUUGCUUUGUGAGCUAAUACGCAAGUCAGUAGCAAAAAGUCACCCAAAGCUUUUGCUACGAAGGUUAGUCGUGCUACUAGUAGACGUAACAUUGAUGAAACCACAUGAAAUGCUAAUAGUUUUGUGCCAUAUUUUCUCCUACAGAACAGAGUCUGUUGCCGAAAAAAUGCUCACCAACUGGCUGGCAUUCUGUAUGUACAAUUUUCUAAAGGUGAGUAAAGCCAAACUGUUAUGUUGGGCAGAGUGAGUUAGAGGAAGAAUUUCGUCAUGUCACCGAUUUUCUCGGAUGCAGUUAAGUAAGUAAGUAAAUCCUGGGACGUCGUAAAAUUUCCCAACAUGAUUCAAAAGGGGAAGUGAAACUUCUUUUCUCAAACAGUAACGUAAACAACUCCAGCUUAGAAGUGAAGAAUCACACGUAAGGAUUUCAUGUAACACAUCAAACACAGUGUGUCUUGACUUAUCAAACAUGGAGAAUUGAAAUACGACAUGCUGCGGAGUAUCUUUAAGAUAUUAAAUAUUUUGAAGGAGCACUGUUUCUAGUGUUUGAUGUAACUUCUCAACCAAAAAGAGUUUGAAAAAGAAAUUCAUAGUGCUACAAACUGUUUUCCAUCAGAUAUUCACGGCUGUUAAAUUAUUCACGAAGUUUAGAAGAACAGACUCAAGUUAGAACCAUAUUUCAUAUGAUCAUCCAUCCUCGGAGACCCAGGGGCAGUUAGUCGGGUCGAUAAAAUGUUCGUGGUGAAAGUUUACUGUAAGAUCGAGACGAGCUCUUACAGUAAACUUUCACCACGAACAUUUUAUCGACCCGACUAACUGCCCGUGGGUCUCCCAAGGAUGAUGAUCAUCUUAAACACCUAGUGGGGAAAGUUUGAAUACUAUCAAGGCUUGACUCAGAGGAGCAAUAAUGCCUUUUGCCGGUUAAUUUAAGGACUACACUUUAGAAGGGAAGAAGAGGGGAUCAUCUUCUCAUUUUACAACAGGUUACACAUGUCUUCUAUCUUUUUUAGAAUGAUGCUGGUGAAGCGUUAUUUAUGUUAUUCAAAGCCGUAAAACAACAAACUGAGAAAGGCCCGGUAGAUGCUGUUACAGGAGAGGCCAGGUACUCGCUCAGUGAAGACAAACUUCUAAGACAGGCUGUGGAAUUCAAGGUACUUACAUUGCAUCGAUACUCGAUACCAUCAUCAUGAUAAAGUUGUUUUGCGAUGUUCAUUACGAGAGCCAUUGUGUGACAGUUAUAGGUCACUGAGGAGUGUGUUCCUUCCGGGUUUUUGCGAUUUUAACCUUUCAAUCCUAGGCCAGAUCUUUUUAUCGAUAUUAAUAAAAGUGCUUGCAGUUUAAGCUAGUUCAACGUUUUUUGUAAGUGAAGAUGAAGUAUUUUUUGUGAAUAUUUUCAGAUGCUGAAUGUGAGUGUGACUUAUGAAAGCAAUCCUCCAGUGACUGUUCUUCUGCUUGACUGUGAUACCAUCUCUCAAGCAAAGGAGAAGAUGUUAGAUGUCAUAUUCAAGGUACCUAAAAACCAUUCAGCCAUCAUUAUCAAUCAUAUCACUUUCCUAGCGUCAAUAGCCAUGGAAUUAAUAACUCAGACAGUUUGGUUUCAUUUGAAAAUGAAGUUAGAAGAACCUGACAGACUAGAAGGAAUUUGACAAUAAAAGAGAGUGCUUUAAAUGGCAGUUGUAUAAGGGGUUAAGGGAAGAAUUGUGUGAGGGGUUUGAAGAUAGAUAAAUCCUAAGCACAGGUUAACAUCAGUAAGAAAUGUCUUUCAAAUUAAUGCAUGUUUUAUAAAUAGCAGUAUUAAGAACCCUUCUUUCUAUAAACACCAGGACAUGAUAUGGUGAACUACAUUUUAAAGUAUGACAGUAGUUGCCUGGAUCCACUACUGUGUUAAUUGUACUAAUGCAAAACACUCUGUUUGUAGAACUCUAUGUAUUCCAGCCGACCUGAAAGAGAUUCCCUUCAGCUUGGUGAGAAAUUACAUUUACGUAAAUAAUUGUAGUAGUAUGUAUCACAUCCGUUAUUAAGAAAUAUUAUGAUAGUUAGGAAACAAUUGAUGUCACGCAUUUUGCAUUUCCAUGGUGUCAUACAGCAACUAAAGUGACCGUAAUAUGUCUAUAUGUGGUGUUCUAAAUUUUUGGCUGGUCAGGGAGGGGUGGGGUAAAGGAGACGUACAGUAGUUACAAACUUAAAGUGUAUUUCUUGAUUGUAGAAUGGGAGCAGAGUUCUGGAAGAGUACUGGCUUUACGAGAUGAUGAUUCUCAAUCAGUUAUAGAUGGAGAGUGGAGAAAAAUUAACACAUUAAGUCAUUAUAAGGUAAAUAUUAGGUAACAGUAGUGGACAAAUCUACAUUGAAUAAUAUUUCAGAAGAGGAAAAGGGAAAACAACCACCCCUGCUGAUUUUAUGUAAAAGUAAAUAGGCUUUGUUUGUUUCCUUCAUUUUCAUUAGUAUUAGUGCGUGGGGUUGGGUUUAGGCUACAAGGGGUCGGGCAGUUUGUUGUUUUUCUUCUUACCGACAGUAUUUCAGUUGUUUCUGUUUAAAAAUUUGGCUGAACAAUUUUUGCUGGUACCAGAAUAACUUUGGACGAGUCAGCGAUAUAUUUUUUAUUACCCCUCUUUCCAAUUUUAGGUUACAGACAAUGCUUCAUUUAGACUUGUAACAGGCCACACGUACUUCUACAGUUCGACAGAUUCUGGUGAGGAUACUACUUAAUUGCCCCAUUAUGUCACCUUUGUCACAAUACGCACAAACUGUUUAUGGACACUCUCUGGCAAAAUCCGUUGGAGAAUAUUUCCUCUGUUGGUGAUUAAUAACUGUGUAUUUGCAAUAAAAGGCUACCUGACCUUUGUUUAUACAGUAAUGAGAGAAUUCACACCAACAACCUGAAUGGAUGUAAAAAUGAGUGAAAGUUUAGGGUAGGUGGGUGAGAACCUUGAAGGAACGGGUGACCUGUGGCCAUACCUCGGUGGUGUGGUUGUGGGUAUUGUUUAUUGUCUUUUUUUCAUGCCAUUUGCCGAUAACACCAUCUGCACCCCCACCACCACCACCACCACCACCACCACCACCCCCUCCUGGUGUAAGAAAAGCUUUUUUCAGCUUACUAUGCCAAAAGAAAUUGUCAAUUAUACAAGCAACAAAGUUUGCGUACCUAACUGAUGACAACUGUUUCUAUGUCUGCAGAGUUAAACAAAAGAAAUAUUCUGCGUGUAGGCUUCAGUCCAGGAGGAAGCUAUAGCCCAUUAGCAGUUUCUAACACAGAUGGACCAGAUGAGCGUGGAAGACUGUGGCAUUUGGUGGGUAUCUUUACAUCCCAUUCAUGAAUUCUCUGUAGUGCUAAACUUUCUUACUGUCCAUUGCCUUAAUUUCAGGUUAAACAAAUGGAUUACCCCACCGACAGGGCGGAGGAUGACCGCAACAGCAAAUUCUUAUCGGAGAUUUAUUUGACAAGACUCUUAAAAACAAAGGUGUGUUUUCGUCUCUUGUUACCUAUGUUCCAAAAGCUUCCCUCCAACUUUUACUGCUGUUCUGGAAGCUUCGCUUCUCGCUACACUAUUUUUUGGGGAAGAUUAUCCCUCGUUCACUCGCUUAUUAUUAAUAGUUCAGUUCGGUGACCUUCCCCUUUUGUGUUUGAUGCAUGAGAUACUUUUGAAGUUCAAGAGAGUUUUGUAUUCUUAUUUAUAGGGAACUCUACAGAAAUUUGUCGACCGUUUAUUUCGCACUGUGUUUAUGCGUUAUAAGCACGGAUCAAGUUUGCCUCUGGUGGUCAAGUUUCUAUUUGACCUUCUUGAUACACAAGCCAAAGAACUAAAUCUAUCAGAUGCGGAAGUCUUACAUACCUGGAAAAACAACAGGUAACCAGAAUAUCUACUCAGAUCAAACACCUACCUCGUCCUAAUUGUCGUCCUCCUUUCUCUUACCUCGCCUUUGCGUUCUCCCCCUCCCUCUCCCCCUCCCCUUUUUUCACCUGCCAUGCAGGCUACUUGGGAAUGAUACACUGCACUUGUGCAAAAAAGGGAAGUCCACUCCUCUUUACCACAUAGCUCUUUUAGUGGAAUGCAUACAAAGUACACUUAGAUCAUUGGCACCGGAAGCUGUUUGCCCAGUUAAUUCAUCCGAGUGUUAUUAUUAUGACUAUUUUUUUAUUUUCAGUUUGCCACUGAGGUUCUGGAUAAAUAUAAUAAAGAAUCCAAACUUCAUAUUUGAUGUAUCAAAGUCAGGCAUUGUAGAUUCUUGCUUGUCUGUUGUGGCACAGGUCAGUUUCUCUUACUUGGUUUCCACAUUCUUGUCAUGGAACUAAAACAUUUGUUCCAUGAAAAAAUCCGUCAAGACUCCAUUUUUUUUUACUUUCUCAGUACUACAAACCCUGAAUUUCACACUUUCUUGUUUUAGUUCUAAACCCACUUGGCUAAAUAUCUCCUCUAGAUUUCUUAUUCGUUUAUACUGAAUAUAUUCCUGUGAAACGACCCUUGUCCAGUAAUGUUUUUCCCACGGAGAAAGAUGAAAUUUAAUCGUGUUUUCUCUUCCUUAAAGCUGUUCAUGGAUUCCUGUUCUGUGUCUGAGCAUGUUCUUGGCAAGGUAAGAGACAUGUGCCAAUUUACUGUGUUCAGAUUUGCCAAACGUUUCAGCAUAUUUUCUUAAUCCAAAUUUCCUUUGUGUAUAUAGGAUUCUCCAUCAAAUAAGCUGCUUUAUGCGCGAGAAAUUCCUGGUUAUCGUCAAGAAGUUGAAAGGUGAGUUUGCGUAUAUAUUAUUUUCACUCAUCUGAUUUUGCAAGAACUUCGUUGAGUCUUGUCACAUGGCUUUAGCUUUGUUGUUUUUUACUUUUUUUCUGGUCAAAAAGUGGUGUGACAUUUUUGGUCUAAUCACAAAGGGCGCCAUUUUCUUUUGUUAUUUCUAGGUUUUAUUCUGACAUACAAGCAGCUCGCGCACUCACUCCACAGGAAUUAUCCAAGUUCCUGAAUGACCUGUCAGCGGUUAGUGUUUUCAACAGCCCGCUUUACAUGUCACGUGUUUUACUUGGGUUGGACGAACUUGCUUAUCACUGGAGGCAUGUGUAAAGCCACCCCUCCCCUCUCCCGCUUUUAUUUUUUGAACGGAGGGGGAGGCUGUACAGAGGCUAUCCAAUCCAUGGACGAAUGCGCUAUGUGAAAAACGUUCAAAUGUAGUUAAAUAAAUAUUUAUUUAACACAGUUAACCACAAGGAGCGCGGGUGUGGUCAGCAGUCUGUCGUUUGGCUCAAGCGCGAUCAGCCUUGCUUGCAUCACCUCCAUGUGCUCAGUACAGUGUUUUCUUGGCGGCCAUUCUCUUCUUUUAGCCUUUGGAUCAUUCUUUUACCCCCCAUCCCUACCCCCCCUUUAUUUUUCCACUGAUUAAAUCAGUGUGACAGGUGCAUGGUGCCAUUGGCCUGGGGGCUCAUGGCUGGAGGGCUCGUGGCUGGUUUGCCAGCCAUGGGGGCGUAACUCUGUCUCAGGGCUGGCUGUGCCAAAGGUAGAACCCCCUGAACAUCCUGGGCACCCACCUUCACUAAGCGAUGCAGUUGUUAAUUUGUUAUUUGCGGUCUUUUCAUAACCAAAUUAUAUUCAGGAGUUUUUCUACUUAGCUGGAGGUUUUAUCUGGCGAUCACGCAAAUGCGCGACGCUGCGAGAAUUAAGAUCGUUGUUUCCGCCCUAUUCUCCUCUCGAUUUUGCCGCUUGCUGGCGCUCCCCUCUUUUGCCCCUCCCCAAAACUGCCAGGUGUACAGGAUAUUCAUGGGUAUGUGGCCCUAGCAGACCUGUGGGCUAAAUACAACCUUUGUUUGUCAUUUUAGGCCCAUGGACAGGAGUUCAAUUCUGACCAAGCCCUCUCAGAGCUUUAUGAUUACGUCAGAAAGUAUCAAGAUCAGGUAGGCACCAUAUUAUUAUGUGCGUGACGGACCAAGAUGUGUGCGUUGUUCAAAUACCCUGGAAGUUACUCAUCCCCAGUCUCCCUCCUACACCUUGUACUGCUCUGUGGAUGAAAGUCGCGGAAGACAAGCAGGACAGUGCGACACUUGGGGUAUGGAAGGAGAUGUAAGGAAAGAGGAAAGAGUCCUCUCUUUUCCUUCUUAAUACCCUGGCAUCUCUCGCACUUCUCUCGAUAGAUGUUAGUGGGUGCAUGUCAAUCCCUUUUACACAUGUCUUCCAGGCAGUAUAUUGUCUUAAAUUCUUUUUUUUUUUUCGUUUUUAGCUUCAAGAUGCCCUGGAGGAGUCUGGGCUGUCGUCAUUAGCCUCUAAGCUUGAGCACGUGAUUGCUACCAUCUCAGAUGACUGAUUGAUGGAACUCGACCUGCUCGCAUGGUUGAUGAAUGCGGUUCUUGAUCUUACAUUUAAAUUGCUGCCCAGUUUAUUUGUCCUUAUUGAGAUUAUAACCAUGCAAUUAUCAUCCUGGCCGCUAUCCUAAUAUUUGCUGCACCUGGUCGGUGCUAAGUUUAAAACUCACAGGAGAGUUGUAAAAGUGCUACCUGUUUGAAUGAGGGAACAUAAUUUCCGGGGGACCUUGCCAUGGAAGCAGCUGUCAGAC